AUGAUCACCGGCAUCUCCCAUAUCAACCUCCUCGUGCCAGAGGGCACUCUUGACCAGGCCCGUCGCUUCUACUGCGACACUCUGGGUCUAACUUCCGUCCCAGUGCCCUCUCUCCAGAAACAUACCACGGCAUGGUUCAACAUUAACGAGUCACAGCAAGUACACAUCGCCUUCGGCACCAAUGAUCCUGAUUCCCCGCGUCAUCCGUGCUUUCGCGUUGGUUCCCCAGAUGAACUGAACAGGUUGAAGCAGCGCAUUUGGGAUCACCAUGUGCAAGGCGGGGAUGCGGCCCCUUUGGCGGCGGAUAAACCGGGUGAGGCGAUUUCAGGUAUUCUCUCUCUGCGUCUAUCUAUGUUAGAUGAUCUGUACUAA